ACUAAUCCGACGAUGACUCUCGGAAUUGCCGACGGCACUGUCAACGCUGGUGCUCAUACCGGUACUGAUCCCGAGGAUGGAACAGUUACCGAGGAUGGAACAGUUACCGAGGAUGGAACAGUGAAUCCACGGGCCGAUGGCUUUGUCGGCCCUGCCGAUGGCUUUGUCCAUGUUGAUCCAUCUGCCACCGAUGGGGAGGCGUAUCCCUUAGUGGAUGCCAAUCGUGUUGUCUUACGACUUCGGGGUGGGGAAGCCACAAUUGACAAGAUUCUAUGCAUGCUAGAGGAAGAAGGCAUCCAAGCUGCUUCGGAUAUGUAUCUCAAAUAUCGUAAGACCCUUGAUGACUUGGCAAAGCUCACUCUUGCUCAAAAGUUGGAUACUCUCGUGGAUAAGGACAAAGAUAAUAUGCAGAUGCUCAGUGUACUCUUUCCUGGACUACACUCUGAGUCUUCCAUGUCGCCUCCGACUCCUCCGACCUUUAUUACCAACAAAAUGUGUCCUUCGAUAAGGGGAAAGCCUCCCUCGAAUGGAAAAGCAACCGAUACCGACAACAACAGCAACUCGCAAAAGGCAAUGCACCAGUCUACUGCACCCUUUGCCAGCCAAAGCCAGCUUCCGCCCCCUCAUCCAAGACGUGCAUUUGUACAGACACAAACUCCCACCCGCCUUCCUGUGGACAAAUCAAAAUCGCCAGCCAAGUCUCCCUUUGUCACCAGUCCUGUUGAUGCAAGAGCAGCAGCCCAAUCGGAGUCAAGUAGCACCAGUCAGCCAGCCAUUGCCUCGGCGCCUGUAUGCAUGUCACCGGAGUUCGGAGUUCGUUUGAACCUUGAGAAGUCUGUGGGGUCUGCUUUUCGAGGCUGUACCUCCUUAACUUCGCUGAACGAAAGUGGCAUGCAUGACACAGAUGAUGACUCCAUUGCAUCCAUACUAGGCAUUGGCGACAUCUUAUCCAUCCGCAUCCGUGAUAAGGACACCCCCACAUCCACCGACACUUUGGCAGAACUCAGUA